CAACCUUGUUGAGUGAGGCGGAGACACGACGCCAGCGAUGCAGCAGCUGAUGUCAGUGGCAUUGGUGCUGGUGGCCUUUGUGGCCCAUGCACCAGUGAUCACCGCACAGCAGUGCCCAUUCUUUCCCGAUGGUCGGCAACCACAGAGGCAACCAACCCUUGGAAACUGCACCCACUACAUCGAGUCUGCGUGUUGCACACGGGCUGAGGUGUCGUCUGUGUUUGCGGAGCUGCCGCGGCUCAAGGCACCAAAGAACAAGAAAGAUCCUUCAGAGUGCUAUGCAGAAAUGAACAACCUGCUGUGCUACUUCUGCUCUCCUGCGCAGAGCGAUUUCUAUCGCGAGGGCGUCCCCGUCGUCUGUGAGCGCAUGUGCAACCGCGUGUACCGGCGCUGCAAGCGCUUCUCCGUCAACGGCGUCAAGAUGGAGGACGCUUACUCCAGUGGCACCAAGUUCUGCGAGGCUCAGGGGUUCAUCGUGGAUUCCACGCCUCUGGCAGAUGUCCCGCGCGGUGUACCCGUGUACUCCACGUGUCACAUCUACCUUGACGCGGCGUCGGCCGUGCAUCCCUCCAUCAUGCUGCUUGCCGCCGUCUUGCUCGUCUCCAUCGGCAAUGCGUGCGGGCUUGGAUCUUCCUCAGAGAGCAAUGACGAGGCAGACAAGGCCGCAGAAUCCAAACGCACGCGCCAAGGCACACCCAAAUACACACCUGCACCCACACGCGCACCCACACGGUCACUUCCUUCGGCAGCCAGUACCGCACGGGCUUCUGCUUCGAUCAACACCACGAGCAUCAUGCGAGCCAGCGUUGCCGUCGCAGUGCUCGCACUCGCGGUGCUGUGCAGCGUGCCGUCGGCAACGGCGCAGACAGACACGGUUGAUGAUGCGGAUAUGGUGGCGUGGGCGGCAGGCGUGGCGCAGCAGCUGCACACGAUGCGCUCGCAGGGCACGGCCGCAAACCACCUGCAGAACACCAUCGACACAGCCAACUACACGAAGGAGACGAUUGAUGCGGGCGCACGUGCGCGCAUGGUGGCGGACCGCCUGAGCGAUUUCUUCACACGGAAGGAGGCGCUUGCACGCAACCUCGCUGCAGCCGCAGCAGACGCAUACAUGCGCCAUAAGCAGAAUCCCGUUAUUCUCGAGCAGUACGCAAACGUCGACCUGCCCGAAUCCCUCCCAGACCUCACAUUCAGCCCUUUCUACAAGACGAAUGUGUCGUUUGCCCAGAGCGGCACAAAGGUCGCCAUUGAUGAGCCGCAGCCCUCCCAGGCCGUCGACUCGGACAUCGCGUGGACAGCCGGGCUGGACGGCGAUGGCGUGUUCACGCGCAACAUGCAAAACGAUAGCGACAUUCGCUGGCAGUAUGUCGGCACAGAGCGAGGCGUGUUUCGGCAGUUCCCAGCGCGGCUGUGGGACACGAACUUCAUUGGCUUUCCCCUCGACUUUGACCCGCGGUUCCGCCCCUGGUACCUCGCCACCCUCUCCGGCCCAAAGGAUAUUGUGAUUGUGCUGGACUGUUCGCGGUCGAUGCGCGGGGACAAGUGGAACGAUGCCGUGGCCAUGACCAAGUUCCUGGUGAACAGCCUGAGCCGUGACGACCGUUACAACGUCGUCUGCUUUUCUUCGAGUCACAAGGACUACAACGACAACUUCGUCUACCGCAGGACAGAGGUGCUGAGCUGCCGCAAGCACGAGCUGCUGCGGGGGACGUCGUCCAACAAGGAGGACACGUUCACGCGCCUGGACGGUUACACCCCGGCCGGCGGCACAGACCCGCUCACAGGCAUCCAGGUUGGGUUCCGGCUGCUCCGCGGCGAGUGCAACGGGCUGGACACGGACUGCCCCAUGCGCGAUCCACCACGCACCGACUGCCAGCGGUUGAUGGUGUUUCUCAGCGACGGAAAGGAUCGCGAUAACGAAGUCCGAUGCGGCCGUGGGCGAUACUACUACACGCGCAACGGUCGUCAGUACGAUCCACCACCGCUCUGCCAGUUCAAGUGGGACGACACAUUCGACUAUGUGCGGAACAACGCGGGCGACAUCCGCAUCUUCUCCUUUGGUCUCUCGACGUCGCGCAACCCGGUCUCAUCCCCACGCGACGGCGACGAGCUUCCAGGCACCGUUGCGUGCAGCGCCAAGGGGACGUACACGUAUGUCUACAGCGACCGCGGCCUUUAUCAGACCAUGGGCGACUACUUUGACUACAUUACACGCAGCACCGACAUUGCAGGGCUUGCGUGGAGUGCGCCGUACAUUGAUGCGCUCGGGCUUGGUCUGCUGAUGACCGUCUCUGUGCCCGUUCUCGACCCGGACACGAACGACGUUGUCGCUGUUGCGGGCAUCGACGUGUCGCUGGAGACCAUCGAGGAUCUUCUGAUGGAGGAGCAGUGGGGCGAGGUGUACGGGUUCCUUGUUGACGACACCGGCGAUACGGUCCUGCAUCCCCAGCUGCGCCCCGCCGCCGAUCUCAGGGACGACCCCGUUUUUCCGGACAUUCGCGAGCUCGAGCAGACUUACGACCUUGACCAGCAGCGGUUUGUGCCUGUGGAGUUUGAUCCCGUGCGCGAGCUCUUUGCCAAGAAGAAGAACGGCUCCGUCUUUGUUCCAAAUGCACAGCGCGUCAUUCCCCAGGGCGACAGGCAGGCCGGCGUCAACAUCUACACUGAGCCGACGACGUACUACGUGCAGCCGAUUCCUGAUUCGGAGCUGCUGUUUGGCUUUGCUGUUCCGCUGAAGGAUGUUGAAUUUGAAUUUCCCGGCAUCCCGCCCGUCUCGCGGGAGUACUACCAGCACCACAUGCGCCUCUACGACCAAACAUACCGCACACAACUCGCCGACCGCGGCCUCAUCAUCACCACGUCAGACACGACAAACAUCACUGCGCCGUCCCACUACGCCGCAAAGUACCAGCAACUCAGCGUUGAGUUUACCGGCAACGACCCCGUCUAUCCUUCCCUGUACAUUUCGCGGGAGCACGCGACAUUCAAGCUUGCGGCCGAAUCAUACUGUGACUCUGUCAAAUACAUCAAUCACAUCAACGAUCCAGAGUAUUUUGACAACACCGAGCUCUUCAUCCACACAACGGACACAAACAACACAGUGUUUGAGGACUGCCCCGCCGGCUUCUUUGAGAUGGGCGUGGUUGCGGACGUGCGGCUCGUGCAAGGCAUCGAAGACGAGUGGAAGGGUGCGCCGAGUGACGUGAUCUGGUCGUAUGUCGGCACGACGACGGGCGUGUCGCUGUUUCUGCCCGGACACCGUCUUCCGCACCGCUACGAUCCGCGCACUCGCCCAUGGUACCAUCAGGCGUACAGUCUGCAGAACAGAGCCGUGCCGACGAUUGUCACUUCUCCGUAUCUCGACGUCUCUGGCAGCGGCAAAAUCAUCACCAUCGCCACAACCGUCUUCCAGUCCAAAGCAAACAUCACCCAGAAGGCCUGCACGACGUAUCUCGACUGUUGCGAGGUCGAUGGAGACUGCAGGCUGUCGUGCUACAACGUGGAUGGCCCGUGUCUUGGGUCGCAGGUCGGGUGCACGUGCAGUGCCGACAGCAUCCACUCUGUUGCCGCCGUCGACGUGACAUACGAAACGUUCCACCAGAUUGUGGAGGACGCCGUGCCUGCAUGCACGCAGUCAUCAACAACUCGGUGCUUUGUGAUUGACUCUGGCGGGCUGCUCGUGUACGACGCCGAAAUCGCCGAUGCGCUCGACGGCUCCACCCGGAGCUAUGAGCGGAUCAGCGUUGCGCGGCGGGACGGGAGCGUAAUGCGGCACCUGGUCGCUGAAGGCGUCCUCACCCGCGACGACUACGUCGACUACCAGGGCGAGUGCAGUUCCACGCGUCCGUUUGACCGGCUGUCUGUGAAAGGGCUGCGGGAAGGGCUGCCCCCACGUGACGCCGACGUCUACGACAAGUUCCGCGGACCCCAGCCACGCCACGACUUUCUGUACACGUGUGUGAACGACGUCAUCGCAUACACGGCGGUGCGCGACGCGCUUCCUGUCGGCACCGUCAGCUCGGGCUCAACCCAAGCCAACCCCUGUCUCCAGUCCCAAGACAUGAAGAUCACGCCCAUCCCCAACACGAACCUGUAUCUUGUGGUGGCGUACAACCGACGGGAAGAGUCGACGCCGAUGCCCUUCAACUGCCACAUCUUCAACAGGGCGGUGGACUCUGGCGCGUUCCAGAUUGUGAACGGGACGUGUGCUGCUGCAAUGACGGAGGAAGAGCCAACCCUGCGCGAGCAAGAGAUGUGCCCUGCACUGUACCCCGUCACCCUGGAAUGCAGUUUCAACGCCGCCUCCCACACCACACCGCCACCGCUUGUGUUGUUUUCCUCGCUGCUCGUCGCUGUCCUCUUCCUGCUGUGCAACUGAGCGAAUAUUGUGUAAAGAUUUCCCCC